CCUUUCGGUCAUACGGUCUUGAGCCGGCGGUCGGAACCUGUCCCAGGCUUGUGGGUAGCGGGACCUUGAAGGAGGCGUCUCGAGAACUGUCCGGGCGCGCCCAGGCGUUCCUCUCAUCAUCCCAUUCAGCGCCAUGUCCUGGAUGUUCAAGAGAGAUCCUGUUUGGAAGUACUUGCAGACGGUUCAGUAUGGAGUUCAUGGAAAUUUUCCACGCCUCUCUUAUCCAACUUUCUUUCCACGUUUUGAAUUCCAAGAUAUUAUCCCUCCAGACGACUUCCUAACUAGUGAUGAAGAGCUAGAUUCAGUUUUAUUUGGAACUUUGAGAGGUCAUGUGGUCGGACUACGCUAUUACACUGGAGUAGUUAAUAAUAACGAAAUGGUUGCGUUACAACGAGAGCCUGAUAACCCCUAUGAUAAGAAUGCAGUUAAAGUAAACAAUGUGAAUGGAAAUCAGGUUGGCCAUUUAAAGAAAGAUCUGGCAGCUGCUUUGGCCUAUAUCAUGGACAACAAAUUGGCACAAAUUGAAGGGGUAGUUCCUUUUGGUGCAAACAAUGCUUUUACCAUGCCUCUGCACAUGACUUUUUGGGGAAAAGAAGAAAAUAGAAAAGCAGUUUUAGAUCAGUUGAAGAAACAUGGAUUUAAAUUGGGUCCUGCACCAAAAACUUUAGGAUUCAGUUUGGAAAGUGGUUGGGGCUCGGAAAGAGCUGGGCCAAGCUAUAGUAUGCCAGUUCAUGCUGCAGUACAAAUGACAACCGAACAGCUUAAAACAGAAUUUGACAAAUUAUUUGAAGAUUUAAAAGAAGAUGAUAAAACUCAUGAAAUGGAACCAGCUAAGGCUGUUGAAACACCAUUGCUUCCACAUCAAAAACAAGCUCUAGCUUGGAUGGUUUCACGGGAAAACAGUAAAGAACUUCCACCAUUCUGGGAACAGCGAAAUGAGUUAUACUAUAACACAAUAACAAAUUUUUCCGAGAAGGACAGACCGGAAAAUGUCCAUGGAGGGAUUUUAGCUGAUGAUAUGGGUUUGGGUAAAACACUUACAGCCAUUGCAGUUAUUCUUACCAACUUCCAUGAUGGCAAACCUCUUCCUGUUGAAAGACUUAAAAAGAAUCAACUGAAGAAGGAAUGUAAUGUUAAUGAUGAAUCUAUGAAACUUGGAGGAAACAAUACCAGUGAAAAGGCAGAUGGACUAAGCAAAGAAGGAUCCAGAUGUAGUGAAGAACCUAGUAUUUCAGAUAUCAAGGAGAAGAAUAAGUAUUCCAUGUCAGAAUUAUCUACCUCCCGCCCCAAAAGAAGAAAAACUGCUAUCCAGUACAUUGAAAGUAGUGAUUCAGAGGAAAUUGAAACAAGUGAAUUGCCACAGAAAAUGAAAGGCAAACAGAAAAAUGUACAGUCAGAGACUAAAAGCAGGGUAAAAGCAGGAUCUUCUAAAGUUAAAGAAGAUGUAGCAUUUGCAUGUGCACUUACUUCAUCUACCCCUGCAACAAAAAAGAAAAUGCUGAAAAAGGGAGCAUCUGCAGUGGAGGGUUCAAAGAAAACUGUUGAAGAGAGACCAAGAACAACACUGAUCAUCUGCCCACUUUCUGUGUUAAGCAACUGGAUUGACCAAUUUGGACAACAUAUAAAAUCAGAUGUACACUUGAAUUUUUAUGUUUAUUAUGGUCCUGAUCGUAUUAGAGACCCAGCCUUGCUUUCAGAACAGAAUAUUGUUUUGACUACGUACAAUAUUUUAACUCAUGACUAUGGAACUAAAGGUGACAGUCCAUUACACAGCAUAAGGUGGUUAAGAGUGAUCUUGGAUGAAGGACAUGCCAUACGAAAUCCAAAUGCCCAACAGACAAAAGCUGUACUUGAUUUAGAAGCAGAAAGAAGAUGGGUCUUGACAGGUACUCCAAUCCAGAAUUCUUUAAAGGACUUGUGGUCUCUUCUUUCUUUUUUAAAACUUAAACCAUUUCUUGAUAGAGAAUGGUGGCAUAGGACAAUACAGCGUCCUGUCACGAUGGGAGAUGAAGGAGGACUUAGGCGUUUACAGUCCCUAAUUAAAAAUAUUACACUUAGAAGAACAAAGACAAGCAAAAUUAAAGGAAAACCUGUUUUGGAGUUACCAGAACGUAAAGUAUUUAUUCAGCACAUUACGCUUUCAGAUGAAGAAAGAAAGAUUUAUCAGUCUGUGAAAAAUGAAGGCAGAGCUACUAUUGGAAGGUAUUUUAAUGAAGGGACUGUCCUUGCACACUAUGCAGAUGUCUUGGGUCUUUUGCUUAGAUUGCGGCAGAUUUGUUGUCAUACUCAUCUUCUUACAAAUGCGGCAUCUUCUAGUGAUCCCUCAGGAAAUGAUACACCUGAAGAAUUGCAAAAGAAGUUAAUAAGGAAGAUGAAGUUAAUUCUGAGCUCAGGUUCAGAUGAAGAAUGUGCAAUUUGCUUGGAUUCUUUAACAGUUCCUGUGAUAACACACUGUGCACAUGUAUUUUGUAAACCCUGUAUUUGCCAAGUUAUUCAAAAUGAGCAGCCACGUGCUAAAUGCCCUUUAUGCAGAAAUGAUAUACAUGGAGACAAUUUAUUAGAGUGUCCUCCAGAAGAAUUGGCAUGUGACAGUGAGAAAAAGUCUAAUAUGGAAUGGACAUCCAGUUCAAAGAUUAAUGCUCUAAUGCAUGCAUUGAUUGACUUAAGAAAGAAGAAUCCCAACAUAAAAAGUUUAGUUGUUUCUCAGUUUACAACAUUCUUGUCUUUAAUAGAAACACCACUUAAAGCAUCUGGAUUUUUAUUUACUCGUUUGGAUGGUUCCAUGGCCCAAAAGAAGAGAGUUGAAUCAAUUCAGUGUUUCCAAAACACUGAAGCAGGAUCUCCAACUAUAAUGCUUCUGUCAUUAAAAGCAGGUGGAGUUGGUUUGAAUCUUUCUGCGGCUUCUCGAGUGUUUUUAAUGGAUCCAGCUUGGAAUCCUGCUGCUGAAGAUCAGUGUUUUGACAGAUGCCAUAGACUUGGCCAGAAGCAAGAAGUUAUCAUCACAAAAUUCAUUGUGAAGGAUUCUGUUGAAGAAAACAUGCUGAAAAUACAAAACACAAAGAGAGAACUUGCAGCUGGAGCCUUUGGAACUAAAAGAACAAAUGCUAAUGAAAUGAAACAAGCUAAAAUUAAUGAAAUCAGAACUUUAAUUGAUUUAUAAUUUGUGGGAUUUUAGUAAGGUCAGUUUGAUCAGAUACAUAAGUUUUGGAAAUAAAAGUAGUUUUAGAAGUGAGCGCUAGAGAGUAUCUUCUAAAAGGGGCAUAUUUUAUAUUACUGAAGAGGUAUUACUGAUGCAGUCUCUUCUAUAUAUGAACCUAUUUUUAAUGAUACUACAGAUAGCAAUAAGUUUGGUAAUAUACUGUGGCCUAAGAUAAUUUUUUGAGAAAAAAAGUUACUAUUCAACUGUUCAUAGUGUCAAUGCCUAGUAUUUUCAUGUAUCUUCCAAGUACUCAGCUUUUUCAUAUUUCAAAUAAGGUCAAACUUUAUGCUUUUGACCAGAUAGUUAUUUUCUGUGUUGGACGCGUUCAGUUAUUCACCAAAGCCUCUGAUUUGUGGAUACAGUGGAUUCACAUUCCUUGUAAACGAUUAAUAUAUAUAUACAGACUAUACAAGAGGUUGAUUUUUGUUGGACUUUCGAAAACCAUAUUUACAUUCCAGAACCAAACCUUAAAUGAGAGACCAAAGUCCAGGUUAUUAGCAAGUUACUUGACUUUUUUUUUUUUUUACUUUACAGCUUCAUUGGAUAUAUAAUUCAGAUAAGUGACUUAACAUUUGAUGUUUAUGAAAAAAUUAGGGACUGUGUUAGAGCACUAUUUUCUCCAUUUUAGUCAUGUAUUAUAUUCAUUGUUUAAAUGUAACUUGAUGUGUGUGUAGGGUGUAAAUCCUAAACAGUCUGUGGGGGUGAGAGGAAACCAAUUCUACUCAAUUUGGUCUGAAUAUUUAAAUUAUGGUAUUGCUAAAUAGAUAUUUCUAUAAAUAGAUAACUUUUAUUUAUGUAGCUUUUUUUUUUUUGGAAAUAACUUUAUAAAUUUUUAUAAUUCAGAAGACUACUAUAUAUGUGAGAGGCGUGAUAUCUGGAUGGAAGUUGGGCUGGAUGACCUCCAAAGUCGUUUCAACUCUUAAAGACAUCUUAAUCUUGAAUGUAAAAAUUUCAUUGUUAUGUGUGUUUUGGAAUUUGAUUUUGAAACUUAUGUAAAUUCAUCCUUACAUCUGUCUCUAGAAUUAUAGUCAUCUUUUUUCUUAUAUUUUUGUUAAUAUUCAAACACACAGUAGUU